AUGUCUAAGGCUGCAUGUCCUCGAACAUUUGUUAGCUCUUCCCCGCCUCUCGUGCCGUACUACCCUGCCACCCCUAGUCACUGGCUGGCAUUGCUGUGCUUUGCUGCGGCCCAGUCAUCUCAUCGCUGCUGCUGCGCUCGACUGUGCCUUUGCAAGCGGAAGGCCGAGCCCGAGCAAACGAACAGCGCAGCACCCAGCGAUGGAGCGAGAGCGAACAAGAAACACCAGGGCACGCAAGUCAGACCUCGUAGGGAUCCCCUCCAAGUCUCCUACACCGGGGCCAUUCGUUACCCGCCGUGCACAGGAAAUCCAAGAGGCGGAACGACGGUUACGUGUUUCCAGAUGCGGCAAAACAAGAAGAGCCAAAAAAGCAUAGGCCAGUGGCCACUCUUCUUCUGA